AUGGAGGAUGUUGGAGGCGAGACAGCCCUCUACAAGUGUUCCAUCUGCAGGAAGACUUUCACAAAGACUUCUAAUCUUGUCCAGCACGAGAAAAUCCAUACGGGCGAGAAGCCCUACAAGUGCUCUCAUUGCGGCAAAAGGUUCACUCGAAGCAACAACCUCGCAGAGCAUGAGAGAAUCCACACAGGAGAGAAACCUUACAAAUGUCCCGAGUGCGGGAAGACUUUUAACCGCAGCUCAAUCCUGCUUAGACACCGGAGAAUUCACACGGGGGACAAGCCUUACAAAUGCACCAAAUGCGGAAAGAGCUUUGACGAGAGUGCAAGGCUGCGGGUACACCAGAGGACCCAUGUGACAGAGAUGGCCUAUCUCAUUGAUACCAAUGGGGAGGCCACAGCCAUUGCAACCAAUGGAGUUGCUCACAGCUGCUCUGAUUGUGGCAAAACCUUUAGCCUGUACUCCAAUCUCCUGAAACACCAAAGAAUUCAUACGGGGGAGAAGCCGUACAGGUGUGGCCAGUGCGGGAUCAACUUCAGCGAGGCCUCUAAUCUGGUCCGGCACCAGAGGUAUCAUGCGCGGGACAAACCUUAUCAGUGCCCCAUGUGCCAGAAAAGAUUCGGCCAAAGUUCACACCUGAUUCAGCAUCAGAGAAUCCAUACCGGGGAACGACCUUACAAGUGUCCCGACUGCGGGAAGAGCUUCAUCGAGAACUCUACCCUGAAGAAGCACCAGAGGAUCCACACAGGGGAGAAACCCCACCAGUGCUUGGAAUGUGGAAAGAGCUUCAGCCUCAGCUCCCACCUUGUGACACACCAGAGGAGCCAUACGGGGGAGCGGCCCUACAAGUGUGAGGAUUGUGGCAAAGGGUUUACCGAUACAUCCUCGCUCAUUAUUCACCGCCGAAGCCACACGGGGGAGAAACCCUACAAGUGUGACGUGUGUGGGAAAGGGUUUGUCCUGAGCUCUGUUUACCUGAACCACCACCGGACCCAUACUGGGGAGAAACCUUUUGGGUGUCCUGACUGUGGCCGGGCCUUCCGCCAGUGGUCACAGCUGGUCAUCCACCGGAGACUCCACACAGGGGAACGCCCUUAUAAAUGCCCCUACUGUGACAAGGGGUUUUGCGACAGCUCCACCUUGACCAAACACAAGAGGACUCACACAGGAGAAAAACCUAACACGUGUGCUGUCUGUGGGCUCAGCUUUGGCUCUAAAGUGCUGCUUUUAGAACACCAGUCACUCCAUGGAGAAGAGACAGCAUCCUUGGCUGUCCUUUAG